UAUUUCGUGCAGCCUUCAUAUUUGUAUAUAUACAACCUAACGUACAAAUAAGGAAGAUCGAAUCGUACUAAAUAGACACGUUUUAAGGCUUCAUUUAUUUAUUUUAUUAACUGAACGGACCUAUUUUUAGGUACGCCUACCGAAUAAAAACAUAGUGGUUAGGUCAUAUAGCAAACUGUGUACUUUCCGAUCAGAGAGGCCGAAGAAUUGUCGUCGAGAUUUCUGCUGUUUUCCGUGCUUUCCAAAGACCGAAACCAAUGACAAUGAAGUGGGUAUAUAAGGAGGAGCAUCCCUUUGAAAAGAGAAGACAAGAAGGAGAGAAAAUAAGGAGAAAAUACCCGGACAGAGUGCCCGUGAUCGUAGAGAAGGCUGCCAAAGCACGCAUCGGUGACCUUGACAAGAAGAAAUACCUGGUACCCUCAGAUUUAACAGUUGGGCAGUUCUACUUCCUGAUCCGGAAACGGAUUCAGCUUCGCCCCGAGGAUGCCCUCUUCUUCUUUGUAAAUAACGUAAUCCCCCCAACCAGUGCCACAAUGGGCCAGCUGUACCAGGAUCACCAUGAGGAGGACUUCUUCCUGUACAUCGCCUACAGUGACGAGAGUGUGUACGGAGCCUAGGUAAAUCUCCGGAGUAUACAUGUACAAACCAACACUACAGCAAAACAAAACUGGCAUAAGCAAAAAAAAAAAAUUAAGUAAUGAAUAAAACGAAAUACAUACAGAACUAAACCCUACAUGUAACUCCUGAGCUAAUUUUUCUAAAACAGUCCCAAAUUUGCCAAAAGCUAACACUGUGCAGUUACCGAACGGUACUUCAUUGACACUUGAUAGAGGUAAAUGCGUCAGGGUUGCAUAAAGUUCACCAAAAUUAGGGUUGGCAGAUUUGGGGUAGUUUGGUGAGAAGAACACGUGAAAUUGUCCUUGGACUUGAAGAAGUCAAAAGCUCAUUUUGGAAAUAGCAGGUGCACAUACAUGGAUGCGACAAUACGGCAUGCUUGUCAAAUGUUUUCAAUAAUACGCAUAGUUUUAAAAGCCACACAGGUAGAUGCAGAUCAGAUCUACAUGUACUUUGAAAGGUUUGAAAGUACCACAGUAGCCAUAAGGAACAUAAACACAAAAUUUUAAAGCUAACGGCAAUCUCUCUCCAAAGCAUUAUCAACUACAUUUACAUCAUUGAACCCUGCACUGACAACCUGUGGAUCCAGAUUUUCGUUUAUAGUGUCAAUGAUAUGUAUUAAAUUAAAGUUGGAUAGGUUUGUGCGUGGGCUUGAAAUUUGUUUUGUUCUAUUUAAGGCAUUACUUUUAUUUCAGAUUAGAGGUAUUCUUACAUAAUCAACUUAAUUGAAAAGCUGAGAUACAAAAGUACGAGAAAACUGACAGCAAAUUCCACAUUUGCAUUUAGUCACAAUCCUUAUGAAUAAAUUACUAUAUUUGGAAUAAUUUUACAUGAAACAAAUCCUGAAAUUAUAUCAAGGCAAAAACCUUGUCAGAAUACAAUACUCAAAAUUUAACUGAAGAAAUCAACACUUGACCAAAAACAAGGAAAACAAACAAAUUAGUUUGAAUCACACCAACAUGUUUAAGAUAUUGCCCUGUAAAACACUCGAUAUUACAUGUAGUUAAAAUACUAUGAAAGUAAUCAAAAAUGUGUAUUUACACGUUUACCAUUCUGUAAUCCGUAAUAUUAAGGAAAAGUAAAAAAAAAAAGUAAUUAUUCGCUUUGUAAAUAUUAACUAAUGGUAGUAGAAUAGAUUUUAUUUGUUGAUAAAUGUUAUUUAUGUGAAUGUUCUCUUUCUUUGGCCUAAAAACAUUUUAAUUUACUUCAACAAUUAUAUCAGAUUGAAAUUUAUAGCCAUACAUUUUCAGAUUGUGCGAUUCAAAAGGCAUUUGAAAAUUUUAUCCGCAAAAAGACAAUAUUUUGAAUUGCUUUUAUCAUUCUCAAGUCAAAAUAAGGUUUACCCACGUUUUGCUAAAAUUAUCACAGAAACUGAUUACUUACUGAAAAAAACCCAAGUCAAUGAUAACAUUUCUGAUCACUUAUUAACUGAGUCCUAAGCUAACUCAAAAUUGUUUCUCACGCAAUGUAAACUGAAGUCCAUUGGAAAAAGUGUUUAUAUUGAUUGCAGUUUGCUGACAGUGAUAACUCCCUUUACCUUAAAAGCAAGGAAAGCAUAUUGUUGUAAAGCAUAAUUUCCUUUUUUUUGUCUAUUAAAAAUAUAUAUCCAGGGUUAACCGUUGUUGUUUUGGUUUAUUUCAAGUUGAUUUUAUUUGUGUGUAUCAUAUUCAGAAUUGCACAGUAAAUAUAUUUUGGUGGUGUGAAAUGUUACCUUCUGAUUUUAAAAUUUUGAAGUUUUUCGACGAAUUCAAUUAAUGCCGUACAAGUCAUAGGCCUAUGUAAAGUAGUAAUAAAUAUUUCGCAUGAGUAACAAUAAUA